GUGAAUGAAGCGCCACGGAACAGCCCUCCUGGGGUCCCCACGAGCCGCGUCUGGCUGCGCCCCGGCGCCUACGCAGCAGCGUCCGCGGCCGCGGUGGGCACGCACGGUUACCCCGGGCAGCCCCAGCCGCCAGCAGCAGUCCAGUCCCCUCGGCCGCGCCAGCAGGCUGCGGGCACCUGGGGGCGGGCUGGGGGCGCCGGCCGCGGCAGGAGGCGCUGUAGAGAGGGCUGCGGCGCGGGUCCCGCGGCGGCCGCGGGAGGGAGCGGGGCAGGCGCUGUGGGCCGGGCUCCUCCUCCGGCUCCUGCGCGACCGCCUACCGCCGGGCUCCGCCGGCGCCCGCCGUCCCCGCAGCGCCGCUCUGCGCCCGCCGCCCCGAGCGCCCGCGCGGGGCUGGCGGGAGCCUCGGCGGGCGCGCGGGCGCGCGGGGCCAUGGUCGUGGCCCCCUGACGGGCCGCGGCCGCCUCCAUGAAGCGGAAAAGCGAGCGGCGGUCGAGCUGGGCCGCCGCGCCCCCCUGCUCGCGGCGCUGCUCGUCGACCUCGCUGGGUGUGAAGAAGAUCCGCAGCUCCACGCAGCAGGACCUGCGCCGCCGGGACUCCCAGGACGACGUGUACCUGGACAUCACCGAUCGCCUUUGUUUUGCCAUUCUCUACAGCAGACCAAAGAGUGCAUCAAAUGUACAUUAUUUCAGCAUAGAUAAUGAACUUGAAUAUGAGAACUUCUACGCAGAUUUUGGACCACUCAAUCUGGCAAUGGUUUACAGAUAUUGUUGCAAGAUAAAUAAGAAAUUAAAGUCCAUUACAAUGUUAAGGAAGAAAAUUGUUCAUUUUACUGGCUCUGAUCAGAGAAAACAAGCAAAUGCUGCCUUCCUUGUUGGAUGCUACAUGGUUAUAUAUUUGGGGAGAACUCCAGAAGAAGCAUAUAGAAUAUUAAUCUUUGGAGAGACAUCCUAUAUUCCUUUCAGAGAUGCUGCCUAUGGAGGCUGCAAUUUCUACAUUACACUUCUUGACUGUUUCCAUGCAGUAAAGAAGGCAAUGCAGUAUGGCUUCCUUAAUUUCAACUCAUUUAACCUUGAUGAAUAUGAACACUAUGAAAAAGCAGAAAAUGGAGAUUUAAAUUGGAUAAUACCAGACCGAUUUAUUGCCUUCUGUGGACCUCAUUCAAGAGCCAGACUUGAAAGUGGUUACCACCAACAUUCUCCCGAGACUUAUAUUCAAUAUUUUAAGAAUCACAGUGUUACUACCAUUAUUCGUCUGAAUAAAAGGAUGUAUGAUGCCAAACGCUUUACGGAUGCUGGCUUCGAUCACCAUGAUCUUUUCUUUGCGGAUGGCAGCACCCCUACUGAUGCCAUUGUCAAAGAAUUCCUGGAUAUCUGUGAAAAUGCUGAGGGUGCCAUUGCAGUACAUUGUAAAGCUGGCCUUGGCCGCACAGGCACUCUGAUAGCAUGCUACAUCAUGAAGCAUUACAGGAUGACAGCAGCCGAGACCAUUGCGUGGGUCAGGAUCUGCAGACCUGGCUCGGUGAUUGGACCUCAGCAGCAGUUUUUGGUGAUGAAGCAAACAAGCCUCUGGCUGGAAGGGGACUAUUUUCGUCAGAAGUUAAAGGGGCAGGAGAAUGGACAACACAGAGCAGCCUUCUCCAAACUUCUCUCUGGCGUUGAUGACAUUUCCAUAAAUGGGGUCGAGAAUCAAGACCAGCAAGAACCCGAACCGUACAGUGACGACGACGAAAUCAAUGGAGUGACACAAGGUGAUAGACUUCGGGCCCUGAAAAGCAGAAGACAAUCAAAAACAAACGCUAUUCCUCUCACAGUAAUUCUUCAAUCCAGUGUUCAGAGCUGUAAAACAUCUGAACCUAACAUUUCUGGCAGUGCAGGCAUUACUAAAAGAACCACCAGAUCUGCUUCAAGGAAAAGCAGUGUUAAAAGUCUCUCCAUUUCAAGGACUAAAACAGUCUUGCGUUAAGUAAAAACCUGUGACCAGAGCUGAAGGAAGACUCUAGGAACUGAAAACUGCAGCAGAAAUUAGCACAAUUUGAAAACAAAACAAAAUUGCAAAAGCCUUAGUUGCUUUCCACCUAAGAAGUCGAUCAAUGGAGAAAGUGUCCGCUGGAGUUUCGAUAAUGAACUUUGAGUUUGGGUGCAAGCGAAGGACUCAGAGAAGGGCCCAGCUCUCAAGCUGAACGACAAAAAUGCUGUUGUAAAUUUAGUCUCAGGUGUAAAUACCCAGCCCUCUGGUUCCCAGGGAGCUGGCUGCUCUGAGGUGCACGUGUGUCUCUGUGAUGGCAAUCAUUGUAGUUGCUGGCCUUCAGAAGAAUUGAGGAUCUGAUGGAGGUUUUUUAUGUAUUUAUUUUCUGUUCACCUUGUGACCCUGUGUCAAAAUUUGUAAAGAUACAAAAGGCAUUAAUUACUGAGAUGGUACUUUCUGUAAUUUGAUACUAUUUGGCUUAAUCAUCUUCACCUAUUUGUAAUACUGUUGUAAUGUUAACUCUGUUAAGUACCCAAGCUGCUUGUCUUCCACCAAAGAGUGCUUUAUUAACAAGAAUCUGUGAAAACCACAUUUAAAUACUGUUGCAUGUUGUAAGACCAGAUGGUUACCUUGGUAACCUAAAACUUGCAAGAUAAUAUUAAUGGUAGCUUUAGAAGACUCAGGAGGAGAAACUGACUUCAGAAUUGGAAGAUGUUGCAAGUCAUCCCUUUUUCUGUCCUUUAGGGACUGAAGAACUGGGAGGCUGCCCAUUGUUUGGUGCCAGUCAUACAAAUUAAAAUCAUAUUUCCUUCCUUGCAUGGAAGAAACACAGUCAGUUAUUCCCCUUGGAAACAGCAAUCCCAAAUAAUGUCGGCUUAAAAAAAGUUAACCGCUUUUUAGAGUCCUUCUCUGUAACAUUGGAUUUUUUUUUUUUUUUUUUCUCCUUAUGAGAUCAGUCUAAGGCCAUUGACGCAGCCUGCGAUCUCAGUGACAAUGAUCUGCUUGUGGAUCUCACUGUUGCCUUUGGUUAGGGAACACAACUAGUAACUCUGCAGAGUGCCUUCUCCCCCUACCCUACUGGAACACAGCAGAGUCUGUGCCAUGAAGCAGUUACAGAAACAGAAUUGAUUUGCUGCUUAAAAAAAAAUAAAAAAAAAAAAAGGCGGGGGGGGCCAAAAUAAAAGAAUAUUUAGUACUCACCUCGGUUCCUUCCACAAGAAGUGGGUGGUUUAAUGAUUGUUAACCCAUUUUUGCCUGUGCUGGGAGCAUGGAGGGCCGAGAUGUUGACAGGCAGUAAGAAGCAAACGCCCUCCUAAGCCACAAGGCGUGCGCCAGAUCUAGUAGGCAACUCCAUUUUAAGAAGCUGCCUUUUUCACAAAACUUCAAGAAAUUAAAGCAGUUGGAAGAAACAAGUUAAAGUCUUCAAUGCAGGAAGGAAUUGAAAGGCAGUGCCUCCAUUUUGGUGCACUUUCUUGGAAGAAAGUGUGAAAGUAACCGGCAUCAGGAGAGAUGGAAGAUGCCGUGUUCUCAGCCAAACAAGCGACUCUUUCCCCGCCAGGCACUAUGGGGUGGGGUCAGGCCAGCUUUUCAACACUGGGGACUGGAUCACAGAAAAACAGUGGUUUUCUGUCCCUGGAAAUGAAUAGGCACAAAGACCCCCUUGGCUGUGGGAAGACCACUCUUCAAUAAGAUGUGGGUGGGAGGAGGUACAUUCCUUUUGCUGUUUUGAGCUGAGACAAUGUAAAUAUUCAAACUGUGCCAUGCAUAAAGCAUUGAAUUCUCAGGGCACCUCUUCUUCCCCUUACCCUUUUAAGGCCAUCCGCUCCAUAAAUAAUAAUCCAGGUAGUUGUGAAAAUCGCGCUUCUUAGUCUGGCUUUUCGUCCCGUCAGAACAAGUAAAUGUAGGCGCCACAGCUCUUGUGAGUACGGUCUCCCUCACGGUGAACAAGCCUCCUGGUGUUUCGUCCAAGAAAAGGAAGGGUGUCAGCGGGACCACAGUCCUUCUUCAUUUUAUAAACUGCCUCUUCAUGUUGCCUGCUCAAGUUUCCACCUAUAAUUGCUAUCACUGUGGCUCUUUCUAAAAAUCCUUCUAUUUAACUGGUUCACUGAAAUUAGUCAUAGAAAACCUGUGAUUUGGUGAAGAAGCAUUCCUUGUAUAACCAAAUGACUUGGGAUGGUGUGCAGAGCAACAGUGUUACCUUAUGGGGACCGUCUCUAGAAUCCAGGAAGUGUGGGUCUGAGGGAUGGAAAGUUCUUCCUGCUAUGAAGGAGAGUGGAUGCUUCCCCUCAUCCCCAACUGAAACCACAAACACCCAGAAUCUUCUGGGAUUCUGACUUAGAGUCCUUGUUACAGAAGACCUUGUUGCUAUGGAACAUGAAACUGUGUCUGUCUGAUGGAGAGAUUCCCUUAACUUUAGAGCCUUAAAUAGCCCUGAAAGUACACCGGGACGGUUUGCAAUGGAAUUAAAAUUAGCAGCGCAUAUUUUUAGGUGCCCUUGAAGCUUUCUGGGGACUCAAAAUUAUCAAGAGUCAGGGACGGUCCGGAGGAAGAGCAUCUGCAAAACUGGGUUCCUAGAAGUGCGGACGGACUUGGCUUGUUAUAGAACUUGGUGGGAGAGGCGCCUCGUGAGAGCUGAGUGGCCGGCGUGGCCGUGCUUCCCGGCGGCGCGCGGCAGGGCUUCUGCUGGCUCCACAAUUCACCU